CGUGUCUACGUUCCCGCUGUCGCUAGCGCCGUGUCUGUAGUGUAGGUUUUUGCACUGCACGGUAUCUUUCUUGAGCCGCGUAAUAAUGGUGCAGCUUGUGGGGUCCCUCCGUAAAGAGCUCGCUGACUCCGUGUCCUCUUGCCGACUGCUCGUGGUAGGAGCCGGAGGAAUCGGCUGCGAGCUGCUAAAAAACCUAGUCCUUACCGGCUUCAGAAAUAUCGAAGUGAUUGACCUGGACACCAUCGACGUCAGUAACCUGAAUCGACAGUUCCUCUUCCAGAAGAAACAUGUGGGGAAAUCCAAAGCUCAGGUUGCUAAGGAGAGUGUACUGCGAUUCUGUCCCAAAGCCAACAUCACGGCGUACCACGACAGCAUCAUGAAUCCGGAUUACAAUGUGGAGUUCUUCAGGAAUUUCUCUCUCGUCAUGAACGCCUUGGAUAACCGAGCGGCCCGUAACCAUGUCAACCGGAUGUGCCUGGCGGCGGACAUCCCCUUGAUUGAGAGCGGUACAGCAGGUUACCUGGGCCAGGUGACUGUCAUCAAGAAGGGGCUGACGGAGUGCUACGAGUGCCAGCCCAAACCCACGCAGAAAACCUUCCCAGGGUGCACCAUCCGCAACACCCCGUCGGAGCCCAUCCACUGCAUCGUGUGGGCCAAGUACCUCUUCAACCAGCUGUUCGGAGAGGAGGACGCCGACCAGGAGGUGUCCCCCGACACCGCGGACCCCGAGGCCGCCUGGGACCCUGCGGAGGCCGCCGCCCGAGCCGGCGCGUCCAAUCAGGACGGAGACAUCAAGCGCGUGUCCACCAAGGAGUGGGCCCGGUCCACAGGGUACGACCCCGUCAAGAUCUUCAACAAGCUUUUUAAAGAUGACAUCAUGUACCUGCUGACCAUGGACAAGCUGUGGAAGAAGAGGAAAGCUCCGCAACCUCUAGAAUGGACUGAAGUACAGAAGCUAGCAUGCCCCCAGGAGGAGGUGUCGGGGACGGGGCUAAAGGACCAGCAGGUGCUCGGGGUACGGGGGCACAGCCACCUGUUCUCCCGAAGCGUGGAGACGCUGCGCGCUCAGCUGGCUGAGAAGGGCGAAGGAGGAGAGCUCGCCUGGGACAAGGACGACCCCCCCGCCAUGGACUUUGUGACGGCCGCAGCGAACCUGCGUAUGCACAUCUUCAGCAUGAACAUGAAGAGCCGCUUUGACGUCAAGUCCAUGGCCGGGAACAUCAUCCCGGCGAUCGCCACCACCAACGCCGUCAUCGCCGGGCUCAUCGUGCUGGAGGCCCUGAAGAUCCUCUCGGGAGACCUGGAGCAGUGCCGCACGAUCUUCCUGAACAAGCAGCCCAACCCGCGUAAGAAGCUGCUGGUCCCGUGUGCGCUGGACCCGCCCAACGCCAGCUGCUACGUGUGCGCCAGCAAGCCCGAGGUCACCGUCCGCCUCAACGUGCAGAAGACCCAGGUGCUCAGCCUGCAGGACAAGAUUCUGAAGGAGAAGCUGGGCAUGGUGGCACCUGACGUGCAGAUCGAGGACGGGAAGGGGACCAUUCUCAUCUCCUCAGAGGAAGGAGAGACUUCGGCAAACAAUAACCGCUGCCUAUCUGAGUUUGGUAUCAGGAAUGGGAGCCGUUUGCAAGUGGAUGACUUCCUCCAAGAUUACACACUCCUCAUAAAUGUGUUGCACUGUGAGGACUUGCCGAAGGACGUUGAGUUUGAGCUGGUAGGCGACGCCCCAGACAAGGCCCCGCCCCAGACCAGCACCCCAGAAGAGGGUAAGAGCAUCGCCAACGGUAGCGAAGACUCCGCCCAACCUUCCACUUCCUCUAAAGCAGCCCCUGCAGAGGACGAUGACGUUCUCAUCGUGGAUUCGGACGAAGAGCCCUCCUCCAGCGCCAUGGAUGUUGCCCAGGAGACGGGCUCACACAAACGGAAGCUGCAGGACGCGGAGACCGGCGAGGGCGUGGCCAAGCGCAAGCGACUGGAGCAACCGUCCGCCGAUGACGAUGACAUCAUAGCGCUCGACUAGCUCCGGCACGGGGGGGCGUGUCCAUGGUCGUAUUUGUGUCUCCUCUUAUCGAACACCUGUAAAUAUAUAUGUACAAAAACUGACCCGUCAAAAGCAGUAUGCUUAUUUUUGUUGGAUUUGUAUUGUCAACUGAAUGCCAUUGACACAGCUGAAGACACAGCUGACUUCUGGAACAAGUUUUAAAGAAUUGGGGAGGGGGGGUGAGAAAAAAAACUUUUGUAUUUCUUAUGAACCGGUUAGACACAAACCAUGAGUCCAGUGCUCCAUUUUGGGAGACAAAAUCAAAGGAGACGAACAAUGUAAACAAAGGCUAGGAAAUUCAAUAUAUAUUUGAAAAUAAUAAGUUAUCCAAGAGAGUAUUUUCAUUUUGCGGCCCUUUUAACCGUCUAUGUAAACUGGAACCAGUCCUUCCUUGAUGAGCCGCCGACAGUUUACGCAGUUCUCUGGUCUGUACAAUAGACACUAGUGUAAAACGCAAAGUAGGUCCGGAUUCGCCAAUGAAUCUGGAAUCUUGUAGAUUUCUGUAAUAUCGGGCCGUGUGAAAGACUUUACUCUGUGCGAUUUACGGAUAAUUCGGUCUUCUGCUGUUAGGUGCUUAUUUCCCGGUACCAAUUGAAGAAAGGUGUUUUUGUGGGUGUUUGUGGUCAGCAUUAUUUAUAUUUCACCUUUUCAUGGUUUUGUUUUUAGGCACAUCGAUACUGUACCUCAUCUGGACCAAAUAAAGACUGAAUAAACGGUGAAAUAUUGUA